UUCGAGACGCAGACACAGGACACGAAGGUGUAUCAUGUAACAUUGAUUGCUCCUGACACAUGUCAAGUCACUCUCACCAUGUCUUACUUGUACUCUCAUACAAUAUCUAUACUGUUAAUUACGACAAUGGUGUGUGCUGUCUGCUCGCCGACGCAGUAUACCUAUGAACUGGCGAGGCAAGACGGUGGACCAGAAGAAAUUCGCUUGGCAUUUGGUGCCGACCCACCGACGCAGGUCAUGGUUACGUGGACUACGUUUAACGCGACAAGCAGCACUGUGGUGGAGUAUGGCCGGAGCGAACGAGCACUAAAUCACAGCCAGAAGGGUUCACUGACGCUGUUCGUAGAUGGAGGAGAGGAGUACCGCAAGGAGUACAUCCACAGGACGCUUCUCAGUCGACUGAAACCAGACUCCACUUACUAUUAUCGCUGCGGAGGUCCGGAAGCAUGGUCUCGUGUUUUCCAUUUCCGAACCAUUAAAACGGGUACGGAGUGGAGGCCACGAGUGGCCAUCUUUGGAGACAUGGGAUAUCAUAAUGCUGAAUCAUUGCCACAUCUGAGAAAAGAAGUAAUGGCGGGGGACUUUCAUGCCAUGUGUCAUAUAGGUGAUUUUGCAUAUAACAUGGACGAUGAUAAUGGUAGAGUUGGAGAUGAGUUUCUUCGUCAGAUGGAGCAAGUGGCUGCAUAUGUGCCAUACAUGAUUACCCCUGGCAAUCACGACUCAAUUUACAACUUCACUCACGUGAGGAAUAGAUUCACAAUGCCUAAUACGAACGACAACAUGAUGUACAGCUGGAACCUAGGACCGAUACAUUUCAUCAGCAUCUCAACAGAGUUCUACUACUUCAUCCAGUAUGGAUUCUGGCAGAUCGUGCGGCAGUACCAGUGGUUGGAACGUGACCUCAAGGAAGCAAAUCGGCCGGAGAAUAGGGCUAAACGACCCUGGAUCGUCACGAUGGGGCAUCGUCCUAUGUAUUGCACAAACACGGAUGAGGAUGACUGCACUUCCGUCCGUGAUAAGGUGCGGAUAGGUCUCUUCGGUCGGUUCUACGGCCUUGAGGACCUGUUCUUCAGGCAUGGUGUUGACUUGGAGCUGUGGGCGCACGAGCACAUCUACGAACGCUCGUGGCCGCUCUACAACCGUCAGGUAUUUAACGGAAGCUUGUCGCAGCCAUACACCAACCCCGGUGCUCCCGUUCACCUAGUCACAGGAGCCUCGGGAUGUUCGGAGAAGCACGACAAAUUCGGCCCGGCAGCUGUGUGGACGGCCUUCAGAAAUAGAGACUACUCGUACACACGCAUGACUGUGCACAACCGCACGCACGCCUACGUCGACUUGUACUCUGUCGACCAGGAACAGGCUCAAACACAUGAGCAUGUAAUAAUGGCGGAGAUGUGGCCUGUAGUAAUUGCAUUCAGGAACGCAUCUGCGACGUGCCUGCGGGUUUUUAUGCUGUGUGUCGGCCGCCUGCCGACGGCCACGAUCGCGUUAAACCGCGCUGCUAUGAGCCCGCAUUGUGUUGUCCACGGCUCGGACAUCUGGUACACGCUCGGACUGCCGCUGACACCGGACCACGGUUUACCUGCAACGUUCCGCAACCUCGACCAACAGCUCAGUACCUAUAUGAUGACACUCUGGUGGCAGUUCGCCAAAUUCGGCCUAGACACGAAGAUGAUUAUGAACAUCAGCGGCCAGAACGACCAUGGAGUCGAGCCAAAUGUGGAAACGCUAUACCCCAGCCAAUUCGGUAGGCAAGAGGAGUUGCUGGACAUUGUCGUACCUGUUGCCUCGGUCGGCCUGAAAACAGGCCUCUUCCUCGUCAUGCUCUUGUGGCCAUCCGCCAUCUUCAACUCGCCAAGCAACAGUUCAGGCGAACGACGCGCGAGCAUUUCGUAG